GGGUGAUACAGGUUUUGGAAGACAUGCUUAGGGCAUGUGCUCUGGAAUUCCAAGGAAGUUGGGACAAGCAUUUGGCUCUAGUGGAGUUUGCUUAUAACAACAGUUAUCAAGCAAGUAUCGGCAUGCCUCCAUAUGAGGCAUUGUAUGGGAGGAAGUGCAGAACACCAUUGUGUUGGGACGAGGUUGGCGAGGCCAAACUCGAAGGAGUGGAACUAGUCGAGAUCACCAAGGCCAAGGUGAGGGUCAUUCGAGAUAGAUUGAAGGCCGCUCAGGACCGACAGAAGAGUUACGCUGAUAAACGGCGGAGACCGUUGGAGUUCGAAGUCGGUGAUGAGGUCUUCCUAAGGAUUUCUCCUUGGAAGGGCAUCAUUCGAUUUGUAUCAAGGGGAAAGCUUAACCCCCGAUACAUCGGUCCAUUUGAAAUCCUUGAAAGGAUAGGGGCCGUGGCUUACCGACUCAAGUUGACGCCUGAACUUGAGAAGAUACAUGACGUGUUUCAUGUAUCAAUGCUCAAGAAGUACAUACGGGAUCCCUCUCAUAUUCUUGAGAAGCCGCCGGUAGAGAUCCGUGAGGAUUUGCAAUAUGCGGUAGAGCCGGUGAAGAUAGUAGGUCAACAAGUGAAGAAACUUAGGAACAAGGAGAUUCCUAUGGUGAAGGUUCUUUGGAGGAGUGAUCGAGUCGAAGAAGAAACAUGGGAGACCGAGGUCUCAAUGAGGGAGCAAUACCCGUUUCUUUUCGAUUAGACACACGGAUUUCGGGGACGAAAUCCCAAAUAAGUGGGGGUGAACUUGUAACACCGUCCCCAAAUGUAUUUACUUUCAAGUAAAUGAUGUAAUAAACCUUAUGGAAUGAUUUAAGAAUUUACGAAGUUGUAAAUUUUUAUUAUUCUUUCGCGUGAAUAGUAAAUUGCACGUGGGGCCCACACCGGGAGCGGGGGCCGCCCGACAUUCCCGAGACCAUAUAUUUUAUUCAUCUUGGUCUAGAUAAUAAAUAUAUAGUGGUGGAUAUUCCAUUUGGGCCAUAGAAAGGCCCGGAGUCGACCGAUUGGUCAAAAGAAGCCCAAAUUACCGGUACUGGUAAUUCAACAGAUAACAGCCCGAACUGAAUUUCGGAGGCUUAUAAAUUAAAGUUGGGGAAUGUAUAUUCAUUAUACAUGUCAUAAUGAGUAAGAGCACAUAAGAUAUUUUAUUUGACCCGAUAAAAUAAAAUAUAUUUAAAACAGUCCGAAAAAUACAACUUUCGGGACCGAAUGUACAUUUCGGGACAAGUUGGGAUGACCUCCCACAUGAGUGGGGGCCACCCCACGUUUUUUUGUGCUAGCAUAGACAAGGGGGGCUGGUUUUGACAAAGGAAGGUGUGGAGGAGGAGGCUUUGGCAUCAAAGUACAUAGAUGACCCCUCACCCACCACACAUUUUGUCAUUUGAGACAAAAUAAACCACUCCCUCUCACCUCAAUCAUCCAACUCGUCCAGCCCUAUUAUUUGGAGAAGAAGAACUCUCAAAAUACUCUUUCUCCAUAGCUGAACUCGAGCUCAAGGAAGGGGGUUCAAAGAGAAGUGUUUGAAGAAGGAAAAAGGGCUAGAAAAAGUGUGAAAAUUAAGGAACUUGUGAAAGGUAUUUCAAGUGAUUUCACAAAGUUGGUAAAGUCGCCGGAGUUGUCGCCGGAGUUGACCGAAAGUCGCCGGAGUUUCACCGGAGUUCGACCAAGAGGGGUAGAACUUCAUAACGCUAGUUCAAGGUGAGUGGACGGCUUAAUAUCUUAUAACUUUUGGGUCAAUCAUGAGAUUACCUAAAUGAAUGUUAUAUGUGUUUGUAAGGAAUAAAUGUAAUUAGAUUUUGAUGAUGCUAGGAUAAUUAGAUUAGAAUUUUAAAGUACCCCAAUUAGACUUUAUGUAUUAGAAUUUUUUCAUUUGUAAGUAUUAGUGUAGUCGACGAUCAGAGCUGCUAUAUGAGAACUGCUUUCAGAGUUGCUCUUAGGAAGUCAUGAGAGUUGAUCAUCAGAGAAGCAUCAGAGUUCCCUCUUCAGAGCUCGACUAGAAGCUUCAUCAGAACUCAAGAUCAGAGAAGCAUCAGAGUUGGAUGUAUAGCUUCAUCAGAACUCAAGAUCAGAAAGCAUCAGAGUUCCCACACCAGAGCUCGACUUGAAACUACAUCAGAACUACUCUUCAGGAAGCCAUCAGAAUCCAACGUAUCAGAAGACUCCGAUCAGAGUCCGACUAACACUUAGAAGAUUUCAAGCAACAUCCAACAGCUAUGAGUUCAACGGGUAUAACAUCCAACGGCUAGAAGACUGUGCAUGAAAGGAAAGCAUUUAAUGCACAUUAAAUGAGCCUGAUACGCUUUGGAUUUAUUGCAAAUGAUUGACCGAGGAAUCCGGGAAGGUAUAUUAUAAAAAUAGAAACCUUCCAAAGCGGCGGUCAAGUCAACAGUACGUGCAUUUAAUGCAGUUGUCUCCUCCUCCAACGGGCAGACAACCUCAGUAUAUAAGCUACACGAAGAAGAACAAGGAAGACAACUUUUGCUCUGAACUUCAUACUACAAGCAUUCUUGAGAUUCAAACUCCACAACACAAAAAACAAGAAAAAGCUUACGUUGGGAAGAUUCAACCUCACAAUCUCUCAUCCCCAACAAGAGCAAAG